AUGCAAAAAGCUGAAUUAAUCGGAUUCGAAUUCGACGGGGAUGAAAGCACAAGAGAAUGUCGCGCAGUCUUCAAAGUUCGAUGUCCGCACCAAGGAAAGUACGAAGCAACAGUGGAAGAAAAGGGCACGCACAUCGAAUCUGUGACGACACUCGUAAAGGCUGAAGAAGGCACCUGCAUAAUCAAUAAAUUGGAGCCCCAGUGCUGGCGCAUCAAAUCUCUGAACAGCAACGAGAUUUUUCAAAUCGAAGUUUCAUCGUCCGCCACUCCCAUAACAAGAGAAACGCUUGAUGUCACCUUGAUCGAAGAGACAAUCACAAGAAGAUUGCCUCAGACCAAUCACAGCGUCAAUUCGAUGCUUGGAAAUGUGAUGAUGAAUGCCAAUAAUAUUAUGCAGUACGCUCAAGUCAACCCGAAGAAAAUCAAGGCUGAGCCACUAAACGGCGUGCCUGUAUCCUUCGACUUCCCCCAGAACCUCGAUACUCGGAUUGUCCUCCAGCACAUCGCUAACACCACCAACUAUCCCCUCCAGCGUUUCAAAUAUCUCCACCAAGGAAGAGUCAUCAACCAAAAAGCGGGUCCCCUCGAUUCAAACGGCAUUCCUCAAAAUGCAACGAUUGGAAUCGUCCCCAAUGGACCCCUGCCCCCACGUCCAGCACCGCCAGGAAUCGCACAGGUCCAGAUGGCGCAGAAUAUGCCCCACAGACAACUUGGUCAGCGAUUCAAGCCGUAUCAAGGAACACCGCCGUCAAGGAAUCUGUUGAAAAUCGAGCACAAAAAUCCGAGCAAUCACAAGGCAUAUCAACGAUGUCAAAUGAUGCUGGUUUUCAUGCGCAAUUUCGAAGCCUGCCUCGAUUUCGCGGAGAAAAACUUGGACCCAGAUGAACGACCCAAGUUCAACGAUUGCCUCGAGAGAGUCUCAAAUAUUCCUCUUGUAAUUGAAUUCGGCGAUAUUCUGAUCAAACUUGCCCCACUCGUCCGACGAUGGGCAAUCUUGCUCUCGAAGCUCUCUGACUUUUGCAUGUGCGACCCGACGGCGGAGCAAACCAACUUGGAAAAACAACGAAGACUCAUUCAGUCGUGCAUGGACGCAUGUCGAUAUGCAUGGCCCCUUUUUAACCACAUGUCCCGGCUCAUCAUCCCUCUCCAACAAGAACCCACUCCUCAUCGAUUCCUCGUCUCUGCAUAA